CUCGGUGGAGGAGGACUAGGCGCCUCCCGGCGGGGCACGAGGAGGAGGGAGCAACUGGGGGAGACAAAGAGGCCCAGGUGACCCGUGAGUUUACCGAUGCGCCCCGAGGGGUGCCCCUAGGCCUAGGGCCAGGUCCCACAGAGGAGGAGGUCGAAUCUGCACCCUCGAGCCAGCACAGCUGCCCGUCAAGGUCGGACGCUGCCUUCAGAGCAGACAGCGCCACGUUUCGACACGAAGAAGCACUUCAUGAUUAGUCUGCCAGCAUAAUGACAACUAUAAACAGGGCCAAUGAAACAAUUAUAAAAUGCAAAGUCGACAGACAACGUCUCCUGAAAGAGAUCAAUGAAAAGCGUGAGUCCAACUGCUUGGUGGAAAGAAGCAAUCAAGUCAGCUUACUGAGAGUUCAGCGGAGGCACUUCAGUUGUGCCUAUAAGUGCCAUAUUCAUUCCCAAACCAAAGAACCUGUGCCUGACAGUGGCAGGAGCUCCUGGGUCAAACUGAGUCUCCUUGCUCACAUAGAGAAGAGGCACUUUCCAUCAAAAAAUAAUGCAAUAUUUGGAUAAAGUGCAUCCCCAGAGACACACAAAAAUACCAUCUCUUUAUCCUUCUUCAGUAUCUCUCUGAACUAUUUACAAAUAUUAAUUAUAAAAGAAGCCAAAAGUAUUUGCUAGUUCACCAAGGAAAUAUUUUGUUAAGUCAUAUAACAAGUAUUACAUCUUCAUUAAUUUCAUUCUAUUAGUCAUAUUUUUGAAGGGAUGAUUUUUGUUAUUAAAGAUACUUUCACCCCA